CCCGGCCCUGUCAGCGCAGCGCGCCCUGCAUGGAGCCGCACCAUGGCGGCAACGGCGGCAGGAGCGGGCGGGCGGCUGCCGGGGCGCCGCUGAGGGCCGGCAGCCCCGCGGCGGGGCGCUGAGGGGCGGCGGCGGCGCCUUCCCCCCCCUCCCCUUCCCCUUCCCCUCCUUUUUUUCCCUCCCCCCCUCCGCCCCCGACCCCCGCGCCCUCCCCCGGCGCGGCGUCCAUGGUCGCGGCCGGCCGCCGCGGCGUCGCACCGGAGACGUUGGGCGGCGGCGAGAGCCAGCGAGGGAGAAGGAGCGGGCCCGGCCCGGCGCCGCCCGCCGCCCUGCAGGGCGCAUCGAGAAUAACAUUCAGCCUUAAUAAGGAUUGAUUGUGUACUACUCAUCAUCGUCCCGGUUUGAUAUUAAUUGGAAGAGCUUUGACUGUCGUGUUGGGGAGGUGAAAGGUUGAACGACCGUCCCUUUUAAGGGGACACCACUGGAAGAGCCUUUAUGGGGUCCUAAUGACAUGCAGGUGGACGAUUUACUUAUGAUAAUUAAGUUUCAUAAUCAGUGAUCUUGGCUACACCAGAAGUGUUACUGUGGCAACAGGGCUGAACUGAGCAGCGGUGCAGAAUUACCGCAGGUAAAUUGGUGAUUUUACGGAUCCACAGCACUUUCUUAGCCCAAGGGCUGCUCCGUGGGACGGGCUGGCUGCUCCCUGCACCCUACAGGUGUCCCGGGCGGAUUUCAUGGUCAACAUGGAUUUGUGGUUCUUUCUCCUUUUGCUCGGAAGUGGCCUAUUAAGUGUAGGUGCUAACAACAGUACGACAGAGUCACCCAUGACAGUGCCCACCUCCCCCAGGAGUCCCACCAAAGGUCCUACAGCACGUCCUGAAGAUGGGACUACGACGAGCGCAAACAGCCUCACUAUUAGCACUCCAGUGCCUGUUUCUACCAUGGCGUCAAAGCCACCUACAACCACAGCCACCAGGAUCUCCCCCAACACCACCACUGUCAGCCUCAACAUCUCCACCCUGGGGACAACCGUGCCCAUGCCUCCAGCCACCUCCUUGCUACCCAGCGUGACGCCGUCUGCUCCACGCACCACUCUCCCUAGCACAGAAGCCGAGACGACAGAGAGGAAUUUCAGUGCGACAAUGACAACACAAGAGACCUCUUCCGCUGCCCACAACGGUAACUCUGACAGAAGAGAUGAGACUCCAAUUAUAGCUGUGAUGGUGGCCCUGUCUUCCCUUCUAGUCAUAGUAUUUAUUAUUAUUGUGCUGUAUAUGUUAAGGUUCAAGAAAUACAAGCAAGCUGGGAGUCACUCCAACUCCUUUCGUUUGUCCAACGGACGGACAGAUGAUGCAGAGCCACAGAGCAUGCCACUGCUCGCCCGCUCCCCCAGCACUAACCGUAAAUACCCACCUCUGCCUGUUGAUAAGCUGGAAGAGGAGAUCAACCGCCGGAUGGCAGAUGACAACAAGCUCUUUCGGGAGGAGUUCAAUGCUCUUCCAGCGUGUCCCAUACAGGCCACGUGUGAAGCUGCUUCCAAGGAGGAGAACAAGGAGAAGAACAGAUAUGUGAACAUUUUGCCCUAUGAUCAUUCCAGGGUUCACCUGACUCCUGUUGAAGGAGUUCCUGACUCCGACUACAUCAAUGCCUCCUUCAUUAAUGGGUACCAAGAGAAAAACAAAUUCAUUGCUGCACAAGGACCAAAGGAAGAAACCGUGAAUGAUUUUUGGAGGAUGAUUUGGGAGCAAAACACAGCAACAAUUGUCAUGGUGACCAACCUGAAAGAGAGGAAAGAGUGUAAGUGUGCUCAGUACUGGCCAGAUCAGGGCUGCUGGACAUACGGGAACAUCCGAGUGUCUGUGGAGGACGUGACCGUCCUGGUGGAUUACACUGUGCGAAAGUUCUGCAUCCAGCAGGUCGGUGAUGUCACGAAUAAGAAGCCUCAGCGCCUGGUAACUCAGUUCCACUUCACCAGCUGGCCCGACUUUGGGGUCCCCUUCACCCCCAUCGGGAUGCUGAAGUUCCUGAAGAAGGUGAAGACGUGUAAUCCCCAAUACGCAGGAGCAAUAGUAGUGCACUGCAGCGCCGGGGUAGGACGCACGGGCACUUUUAUCGUCAUCGAUGCCAUGCUGGACAUGAUGCACGCAGAGAGGAAGGUGGACGUUUAUGGCUUCGUGAGCCGGAUCCGGGCUCAGCGCUGCCAGAUGGUACAGACAGAUAUGCAGUAUGUGUUCAUAUACCAAGCACUUCUGGAGCACUAUCUCUACGGUGACACGGAGCUGGAGGUGACCUCAUUAGAAAUCCACCUUCAGAAGAUCUACAACAAAGUGCCAGGAACCAGCAGCAAUGGGCUGGAAGAGGAGUUCAAGAAGCUCACUUCAAUCAAAAUUCAGAAUGACAAGAUGAGAACGGGCAACUUACCGGCAAAUAUGAAGAAGAACAGGGUGCUUCAGAUAAUUCCAUAUGAGUUCAACAGAGUAAUCAUUCCAGUGAAGAGAGGUGAAGAGAACACAGACUAUGUAAACGCUUCCUUCAUUGAUGGUUAUCGCCAGAAGGACUCCUAUAUUGCCAGCCAAGGACCGCUGCAGCACACAAUAGAGGACUUCUGGAGGAUGAUCUGGGAGUGGAAAUCCUGCUCCAUAGUGAUGCUAACAGAACUGGAGGAGAGAGGCCAGGAGAAGUGUGCCCAGUACUGGCCAUCUGAUGGCUCUGUGUCCUAUGGAGACAUCACUGUGGAGCUGAAGAAAGAGGAGGAGUGCGAGAGCUAUACGGUGCGGGACCUGCUGGUAACGAACACCAGGGAAAACAAGAGCCGACAGAUUCGGCAGUUUCAUUUCCAUGGCUGGCCAGAAGUUGGGAUCCCUGGGGAUGGGAAGGGAAUGAUCAACAUCAUCGCGGCUGUGCAGAAGCAGCAGCAGCAGUCUGGCAACCACCCGAUCACUGUGCACUGCAGUGCUGGAGCAGGAAGAACAGGCACCUUCUGCGCGCUGAGCACUGUCCUGGAAAGGGUGAAGGCAGAAGGGAUUCUUGACGUCUUUCAGACAGUGAAGAGUUUAAGACUACAGAGGCCGCAUAUGGUGCAGACACUGGAACAGUACGAAUUCUGCUACAAGGUGGUGCAGGAAUAUAUCGACGCCUUCUCAGACUACGCCAACUUCAAGUGAAGAAAAAAAAACUCCACGCCCUGAAACAAAUGACAGAAGAGUUGCCUUCUUUAAUAUUUUGUAAUAUUCUGUUUGUUAAUAUACCCCCCCAAAAAAUAUGUGUAUAUAUCUUAACUGUUUUAGAGGUUGGUACCAUAAGCUUCAUAUUAGCUGGAGAUUUUAUAUGUAGCAAAGUGUUAGUGCAGAUACUGUUGGCUCCUUUUUUUCCAAUGUUUUAUUGGGGAAUUAAAUAGCGUGAUGUUUGGAUUAA